AUGCCCUCCCCGUCGUCGCAAUCCCCCGAGGGCGGCGCCACCCAAGCCGCUGGUACAAGCAAGCCUCGAUCUUCACACAGAGCUGAGAGUUCCCAGAGAAAGUCAAUUCAGUUCAACGUUGGCGGCACGGAGCCGCUGCCGCAUCGUCGAUCCGUCAGCGCUGCAGGUCACCGACCGCGCCCGCAGCUCGACGUCACCUCCACAGAACGGGAAAUCAAGCCUUCGCCCAGCCGUGGGCCGUCCCCUCCACCGCCUCAGACCUACGAGCGAGGUGUGUCGUUUGACACCUUCGAUAACCCGGAUGCGGCCGACUUCUCCUUAACCCUCAACUACAAACACAAAGGCUAUCAGUCCACCCGUCGCAGUCGAACCUUCUUAUGCGGGACCGACCAGAACGAUUACUCCGACUUCGCGCUGGAAUGGCUCAUCGACGAGCUCGUCGACGACGGCGAUGAAAUCGUCUGCCUCCGUGCGGUCGAGAAGGACUCGAGCAUCGCCAGCGACGCCGCCGUGGAAGCGGGGAAAUACCGGAAGGAGGCGGAGAAGCUGUUUGAGCAGGUGAUCCAGAAGAACAGCCAGAACGAGAAGGCCAUCAGCCUGGUGCUGGAGCUGGCGGUGGGCAAGGUCCAGGAGAUCAUCCAACGCAUGAUCCGGAUCUACGAGCCGGCCGUGCUCAUCGUGGGCACCCGGGGUCGCAAUCUGGGGGGUGUGCAGGGGUUGCUGCCCGGCUCGGUCUCCAAGUACUGCCUGCAGCAGUCGCCGAUUCCCGUGAUCGUGGUCCGGCCGUCGACGAAGCGCGAGAAAAAGAAGAAGAAGCGUCUGGCCGACCCCACCCGCCGCGGGUACAACAACAUCCUGGAGAUGAGCGAGCGGCGCGGGAGCCAUAUCUUCGACCGCAGCACCAGUCGCGACAGCAGCGUGUCGAAGCUGCCCGACGAGGAGGCGGCGGUGGCGGCCGCGCUGGGGCUGCCUCAGUCGUACACGAACUCGCGCAGCUCGCUGUCGACCUCGGAGCGCAGCAGCGUCAGUCACGAUGAGUCGCUGUCGUUGAACGGGCUGGUGGAGGCUGCGACCCCGAGCCCUAGUUCGGGCAGUCUGGAGAACUCGGUGGACGGAAGCGGAUCGGACGACGAACCGACGGUGGUUCACGUGGAAGACGAGGCCGGCGGGACGCCUUCUCCGGCCCUCGAAUUGACCGAGUCCAGCGACAGCUCGGCGCCUGCUGAUACCAAGGAGGAUGAGGAGGAGGUUGACGAACCGGAGGUUGUCCCGGGCUUGCCUGACUUCAAUGUGGUUCCUCGGAUUGUUUAUGAGGAUCCGACCGGUUCGAAGCGCAGUUAG